AUGGGUAACGAAUUUUCCAUAGAAGAAGAAUAAUCCUAAUUCAUAAAAGAAUUUAAAUAAAAAUACGACUUCUACACUGAAUAAAAUGAUAAAAGAUUUGGUGACAUAUACAUAUAUAAACAUAAAACCGAAAAAAAGUAUAUUACAUAAAGAGAAUUAUUCAGAAGAAGAGAUUCUUAAGAAUUUUUCUCAGAACCUGAAAUAUGGUAUUUAUUAGAUUCUUUAAUUCAAGCUUGUUCCUAUUUAGAAAAGCAUAAAAUAUAUCAUGGCGAUUUAAGGCCAGUAAAUAUUAUUCUAACACCUGAAGGGUUUGUAAAAAUUGCAGAUCAUGGUAUUUUACAUGUAGAUUAAACAAACUAUCAUAAAUCAUUGACUAAAAAAGAAAAGAGUUAUCUUUCUCCUAUAUUAAUGAGAAGUUUAGCUCAAAGAGAGUUACGUCCUUUACAUGAUUUUGCCAAAAGCGAUGUUUAUUCUUUAGGUAUGACUAUUUUAGAGGCUGCUAGUUUAUCUAAUCCUAUGUGUUGUUAUGACUAUAAUUCUUUAAUGAUUUCUCAUCCUAUUAUUGAGGAACUUUUGGUAAAAUGUAGGUUUAGAUAUAGUGAAUUUUUUGUAAAUUUUAUUAAAGAUAUGCUUUUAGAUGAUGAAAAUUUAAGACCUUCUUUUUGA